GUUGACGCAGGAGGAGUUCGAAAUCGCCGUGGAGCGCUUGAAGCAGUUUGGCGAAGAGGGGGAGUCUUAUCCCCCUGCUGCCCACCCCACUGAGAUCUCGCCACCGCCACCUCAGGCGCCGCUCUGCAUGCCGCUGCGCAUCAUCGCAGUGCCAUUACUUGUGCCUGUGAUGCCAGCUCAGGCGAUCCAUCAGGACGCAGCUCCCCUGGGUUCCCCAAGCUCGACACCGGAAUACGAGGCUGCGGAUCAGCCUUCAGCUUCCCACGGUGGCUUUAUGCUGCCACCCGUGGAGGAGGCUGAGACGCCCACAGCUUCGCGGUAUUUCACGCUCGGGGAUUCCUCGAAGGUUCUCCCUCUCGCUUUUGGUUCGGACUCCGAGAGUCCGACGCCACGCGCUGUGUACUACCAGCACCGGGAGAGCCCAGUCAACAGCCAUCGGACGGAUCAGGUUCCAGCGACACCACGAGAUCUUCAACUGGAGGAGUGUGAGGAGCCGGUUUGGAGUCGGAGCUUCACAGAAGGCUAUAGCUUGCCCAUCCAGAGGACCUUCAUCCAGUUCAACACCUGCGAACAUGUGGGACGCCGCCGUUCUCGGUCAGUUUAA